ACCAAUAAGAUCCUGCCCCGAGUGCCAUCAUGCACAGCCCCAGGAAACAGCCGCAAACAGCGCGCAGGAGGCGACAGAUCAGACACCUCACCUGCGUGCCUCACCAUCAAUAACCUCCUCAUCCUCCUCAGGUGGUCCACAGGGGCGGCGCCGCUGGUUCGGCCGAGGGAUCCAGCGCAGGCAGCGUCUGGUUGCCGGGCGAAACGCUCUCCCAGCUGCGGCGGCAGGUUGCGUGGAUCAGGAAAUUAGGGCAGCCGGUUGGGAUUGGAGGCGCUCGCGAGCCAACCAGAGGCCGCCCAGGAGUCCGUGAGUCACCGGCGCGCAAGGAGAGCGGAGCGGGGAGGCUGGUUAUAAGAGCGGCGUUGAGCUGCCCUCCCCUUUGUGUACGUUCUUCUUCGGCUCUUCCUUCACCGGCACCACCGGUGUGUGCGUGCGCGGGUGCACGCGCGUCGCCUUGCCCGAAACCGCCUGGAUUUCUGCUUCUACAACCCCCCCCCCCCACCCGCGCCUGCAACCUUCCCUCUCCCCCCCCCCCACCCGCGCCGCGCGCGCUUUUGCCUCGGACUGGAAUUGCCUCCUCGCAUCGCCGCUGCAUUGUCUGCUUCUGGCCGCCCUACCUGGAGCCUUCCCCCCCUCCCGCGGAGGCUCUUUAAAUUUCUCAGAAAGGGGAGGGCAGCGAGGAAAGAGUCCCCCCUCCCCGCCUGCGCGUCCGCCUUCUGCCCCGAACUUAUACAGUGAGGAGGCGCCGCGGGCGCUUGCACGAUGGACACGUUCUGGCGGCGGGGACUGAGGCCGGGGCUGCUGCUGCUGUUGGCGCUGGGUUGCCUGCGAGGAGCGCGUGGUACAAGGGUAACAUGUGAUGAAUCACAAUUUCAAUGUCACAAUGGCCGCUGCAUAACUCUGGUGUGGCGAUGUGAUGGGGAUGAAGAUUGCUCUGAUGGCAGUGAUGAACUAGCAUGCGUGAAGAAGACAUGUUCUGCAACAGAUUUUGUUUGCCAGAAUGGGCAGUGUAUACCAAACAGGUGGCAGUGUGAUGGAGAUCCUGACUGUGAAGAUGGCUCUGAUGAAGGAUCUGAGAUUUGCUAUAAAAGAAAAUGUACGAUAGGUGAAAUCAGCUGUGGUCCUCUAUCAACUCAAUGCAUUCCUGUAUCCUGGAAAUGUGAUGGAGAAAAUGACUGUGGUGAUGGUACCGAUGAAGAAGGCUGUGCCAACAUAACAUGUAACCCUGAAGAAUUCACAUGUGCUAAUGGGCAGUGCAUCUCAAAAUACUUUGCCUGUAAUGGGCAGGAGGACUGCAGUGAUGGGACCGAUGAGGAGGGCUGCGCCACUUCUACCUGUGGAUCAGGGGACUUCCAGUGCACAAGCGAAAGCGACAUCUGCAUCCCAAUUAACUGGGUGUGCGAUGGGGAAGCCGACUGCACUGACAGGUCAGAUGAAUCUCCGGAACAGUGUGGCCAUCAGCCUAUCCAAACGGCGAAGUGUGGGGACAGUGAAAUGCUUUGCGAUUCGGGGGAUGAGUGUUUUCACAAGAAAUGGCGCUGUGAUGGCGAUACGGACUGUAAGGAUGGAAGCGAUGAAAUCAAUUGCCCUUCUCGGACCUGCAGACCUGACCAAUUCAGAUGUGAGGAUGGCAACUGUAUUCAUGGAACCAGACAGUGUAAUGGUGUACGAGAUUGUAUAGAUGGGACUGAUGAAGUGAACUGUCAUGCUGUUAAUCAGUGCACUGGACCUGGAAAAUUCUUGUGUAGUAGUGGUGAGUGCAUAGAUUUCAACAAAGUGUGCAACCAGAAACAGGACUGCAGGGACUGGAGUGAUGAGCCUCUCAACGAAUGCCAUGUAAAUGAAUGUUUGUUGAACAAUGGAGGCUGCUCUCACAUCUGCAGAGAUCUGGUUUUAAGUUACGAAUGUGAUUGUCCAGCUGGCUUUGAGUUGAUAGACAGAAAAACAUGUGGAGACAUUGAUGAAUGCCAGAAUCCAGGUAUCUGCAGUCAGAUUUGCGUCAAUACCAAACUGGGCUAUAAAUGUGAAUGUAGUCGGGGCUACCGAAUGGAUCCACAAACAGGAGUAUGCAAAGCAAUUGGAGGAGAACCAAGCCUGCUUUUUACAAAUCGUUGGAACAUCAGGCAGUUUGCUCUCGAAAGACAGGACUACACCCAGCUCAUAGGAGACCUAAGAAAUGUGGUUGCUCUGGAUGCCGACAUGGCUGACCACAAAAUCUUUUGGGCUGACGUUGGACCAAAUGCAAUCCUCAGUGCCUCAAUUACUUCUAGUAACAAACCAGUGCGACAUCGCCGGAUUGUAGACAAUGUACUAAGUCCUGGAGGAAUCGCUGUUGAUUGGAUUUAUAAGAACAUCUAUUGGACCGAUUCCUCCCUAAAGUCCGUUUUGGUGGCCAGCCUUGAUGGCAUUAAAAGGAAAGUCUUAUUUAACACUGACUUAAGGGAGCCAGCGUGUGUGGCUGUCGAUCCACUUUCUGGCUUCAUGUAUUGGUCUGAUUGGGGUGAACCAGCCAAAAUUGAGAAAGCAGGGAUGAAUGGACUUGACAGGCAGCAACUUGUGACAACAGAUAUUGAAAGGCCCAAUGGGAUUGCACUAGAUCGCGUAAAAAAUCGCGUUUACUGGGUUGACUCCAAACUGCAUAAACUUUCCAGCGUGGAUAUGAAUGGGCAAGACCGCAGGAUUAUAUUUGCAUCCCAUGAAUUUCUUGCUCAUCCUCUUAGUUUGACAAUAUUUGAGGACACGGUUUACUGGACAGACUGGGAAAACGAAGCCGUCUACAGCGCCAACAAAUUUACAGGAUCUGAGCUGCAAACAGUAGUAAACAAUCUCUAUGAUGCUCGAGACAUCAUUGUAUAUCAUGAACUUGUUCAGCAGUCAGGGAAAAACUGGUGCGAAGAUGAGAACAUGACAAAUGGAGGCUGUGAAUACCUUUGCCUGCCUGCACCCCAGAUAAACAGUCGUUCCCCAAAGUAUACUUGCAUGUGUCCCGAUGGAGAUGCCCUGCAAGACAAUGGCUUGAAAUGCAAAGGUACAGGAACUGCUGUGGCUUUCACUGAGACAAAAGAGAGCAGCAGAACAGACAAACCACCUGGACCACUUUCUGGAGGUCAAAAUCAGAGCAGUCCAGUAUCAGAAGAACUGGCUUCCUCCAGAAGUACGUCAGCAGCAUGGGCUAUUCUUCCUAUCUUACUGUUAGUAACAGCAGCAGCAGGAGGCUACUUCAUGUGGCGCAACUGGCAACAGAAGAAUAUGAAAAGCAUGAACUUUGACAACCCAGUGUAUCUGAAAACCACAGAGGAAGAUAUCUCUAUAGAUAUUGGAAGACACAGCAGCACAGUUGGGCACACGUAUCCAGCAAUAUCAGUUGUAAGCACAGAGGAUGAUUUAUCAUGAAUCUAGUCUACACUUGCAUUCUACACUUUUGCAUGGUAGCCAGAGAGUGGCUGAAGAGAUCCUUGAUGAAUGAAGGCACAGGUGGAACAAGUUCACAAAAAACAAACAAACACCACUUUCAUACAAAGUUAUAAAGAUCUGUGUUCACUAUCAACUUUCAAUGGUUCUUACUUACCUGUAACCCUUGAAUAAACUUAAGUAUUCCCACCACUGGCUAUGUAUAAAGCACCUUCCGAGAAGCCAUAUUAUAGUAAGUGCUUCAGAAGUACUAGCUGUAAAUAAUUGUACAGGCCCAAUUGUAAAUCAUCCGGGGAGGAGAUAGUUUAUUAAGCACCUUGGAAUAACAUUUCAAUGUAAAUUAUUGUAUAAUUUUUUUCAAUGUUUGGAAAAUGGCAAUAGGAUAAAACGGGUUACUCAAGAUUAAUUGCCAAAAAUUUGUAAACUAACUUUUGUAUGAAUUGUGAAUUUGUCCUCCCUGAACCACCUACAGGGGUGUGCAGAGGACAACUGCUCUGUAUCAGAUAUCACUGUAAAUUUCAACACUGAAAUGAAAGA